UCAGCAACGACCAUAUCUGCUAUUUUCUUUACCAGAUCCUCAGAGGGUUAAAAUAUAUCCAUUCAGCUAACGUGCUGCACCGUGACCUCAAACCUUCCAACCUGCUGCUCAACACCACCUGCGAUCUCAAGUGAAGAGCGGCCAGGCAGCCCAGCUUCGUGAAGGCUCUCGGCGCGCCGUGGCCCCCAGGCACCCGCCACGCGCCCGCCCCACCACCACUAUGCCCAAGAGGAAGGUCACCUCCGCUGAGGGGGCGGCGAAGGAGGAGCCCAAGAGGAGAUCGGCGAGGUUGUCAGCUAAACCGGCUCCUGCAAAAGUGGAAACGAAGCCAAAAAAGGCGGCAGGAAAGGAUAAAUCUUCUGACAAAAAAGUGCAAACUAAAGGGAAAAGGGGAGUGAAGGGAAAACAGCCUGAAGUGGCUAACCAAGAGACUAAAGACGACUUACCUGCAGAAAAUGGAGAAACUAAAAAUGAGGAGAGCCCAGCUUCUGAUGAAGCAGGAGAGAAAGAAGCCAAGUCUGAUUAAUAUCACACACCUUGUCCUAUCAGUGGUCCGUUUCCCUUCUUGUACAAUCCAGAGGAAUAUUUUUAUCAACUAUUUUGUAAAUGCAAGUUUUUUAGUAGCUCUAGAAACAUUUUUAAAAAGGAAGGAAUCCCACCUCAUCCCAUUUUUUAAGUGUAAAUGCUUUUUUUUCAGAGGUGAAAUCAUUUGCUGAUUGUUUAUUUUUUGGUACAACCAGAAAAUAGUGGGAUAUUAAAUAUGGGAGGCUUUGAUUGUCUUGGGUGUCAGCUUAACAUUCCACAGAUGGAGGGUAGCUUUUAUAUCCUAUAAUACAAAGCGUACUAAAUGGCAGUUUGGAGUCAGUUGUCCAUUUAAUGUCUUAAACACUUUAAAUUACUUCUCUUCCCACAUUGUUUUUGGUAGAAUUGUUUCCUAAAGCAAACCACUCACCCCUUGAUCGUGGCUCUCCUGGGCAGAAUUUUGUGCACUCUGUAACAUCUUUGGUCAUGGUAGUCCAGUUCUUCUAGUAACUGUUAAUGUGCUGUGACGAUUGACAAUUUGAGUAUGUAGUGUAUAUGACAUUAAAUUGUGAAUUAGUGGGACUUACGAUGUAACAGCAUAUCAAUAUUUGAAGAUAUUGGUACUUGAUAUCCUUUGAAGGAAAAUUUGCCCCCAAAUUUUAAGCUGGAAAGUCACUGGAAUAACUGUUCAGAAAAGAAUCACAACUACAUGAUUUUUUAGGUUUUUGGUACAUAUGUUGAGAAUUGUGUACAAAUUGAAAUGUCUGUGUACUGAUCCUCAAAACAGCCAAUAAAAUCUCAAUUAUGAAAGAAUUUCUUGAAGCACAUGAAAAAAAAAUUACAGUGAAUAUUUUUAUGUCUCCUAGUGCUUUUUUUUUCUUUCUGUUUCUUAUCAGAGUCCUUUUAUGGCAGAUUGCUUUUGUUUGUUUUUGGAGAGCCAUUGUUAAUAUUUUAAGUAUGUAAUAUUUCUGGGAAAAGAUGACUUUUACUUUGACUUGAAAAUGCUCGUCCUUAAGAAGAAGCACAGAACUAGACUACUUUGUCUGUUGUCUCUUCACUGUUUGUGGACUUGUCUUUACCUCGGGCCAUUUUAUUCACUGCUCACCAAAAUGGACACCCACACUGAUAUAUAUGUCUUGUUGGCCAUCUGCACAAUCCAGGCAUUGUUUUCAAAACGCAAUUUUAACACACACUCAGAAACACAAUAGGAUGUUUUAGAUAUUUACAGCAGUGAAAUUCACCCACAUUUCAAAAUGUCCAUGUGGGGUGUACAUCAUCCACGUGGGCAUGAAUAUUCAGGAGAGACUCUUAUUCCAGAGAUGAGUGUGGUAUGUCACCGAGUCACCAAUUUGCCGUGGGAGCGUGUCCAACAGCCAGGGCACGUGCACGUGGGAGGGUGGAGCUCUGGACUCACCGAAUGCCCAUCACAUCCUCAGACCUUGCGGUGACCGUGAUGCUGUCCCACGAGCCCUGUACCUAGAAAGUUUGUGACCAGUGGCCUUACUGACUUGUUAUUUGGUCCUUUUUGAAUUUUCAAGUAGGUAAUGAUGUCACAUUUUCCAUUAGCUUCUGUGUUACUAAGUAUUUUCUAGUCUUGAGCCCUCAGGAUAUCAACUCUUCUCAGUGUCUUAGACCUUUAGUUUUUGGCUCUAUAAACAUGCUUUGUACUUGUUACCUGAAGCCCAGAGACCCAGCAGACACCAGCCUCUCAGGGCCCUCCUGAGACCCUCUCCUUGUAGGCUUCCUCUUUAUUUCUGAGGGCCGCAGAAAAGCAAGGGCUGUAGACCCUAUUUCGAGAUUCUGCUCACAUAUUUUUAAUGAAACUGCCAGGGGAGUGUGGUCUCCAGCAGUCCGUGUCCUCGCCGUUUGCGUACUGAGCCCCCAGCAGCCCCAGGAGGAGUUCCAGGCUGCUAGGCUCACAGCACAUGUGGUUCUGGGUGUGCAUGGGAAGGAGGACUUCGAAAGAUACAAAAUGAAACGUCUUUGGGGCUGGCUUUUGUUUUAUGAGAAUUUGAAUUUGCUCAACCCAAAAAAUAGCCAAGUAGGAGUGAUAGGUCAUUUUAUAUUUCUUGUACUGUAUCCUGGUUGUCUACCUUCCUUCUUAUGGAAUUGUAAUGAAUUUUAUUACUUUUUUAUUUUGAAGCCUUGACAGUUUUUUGGUUAAUGCUGUAUUAGCUUUCAGUGUUGUAGUGUUAAAGGAACUUUAAAGAAUCCCAUGAGCUUUCCAUUGAUGACCAUGAGUGGAGUUGUGAAAUCUUUCUUUUUUUUUUUAAUAUUUAUUUAUUUGGCUGCGCCGGGUCUUAGUUGCAGCACACGAGAUCUUUGUCGUGUGCAGGAUCUUUAGUUGCAGCAUGUGGGAUCUAGUUCCUGGACCAGGGAUCGAACCCAGGCCCCCUGCAUUGGGAGCGUGGAGUCUUAGGCACUGGACCACCAGGGAAUUCCCGAGUUGUGCAGUCUUGUAGAGGUCUAAACCCUACAUCACCCUCUUUAUUUUUUAAAUUAUAAUCAAAAAUUUUGAGAACCUGCUGGUUCUGUGCCUUAUACUAGGAGUGGAGGAUACAAGUAAUGAAACACGAUCCUCCUUAUACUAGCUCACUAUUCUGAAAAUUGGUAACUAAAGGGAGGAAAGGAUUAAACAUUUUCCCUGUCUUUCCAGUGAGAUCUGGGCAUCAGGGUAAGAAAAUAGCCCCAGUUGAUGAAUGAUGGCUCUUCCUUAAAAUAAAUGCCAGCUAAUAAAUGCACAAGGAAUAAUAAAAUUAGAAAAGUCGCCAUUUUGCAGCCUCCAGUGACGUAAUUGAUUUGUGCCAUAUAAUCCCUGGACCCUCUGCUCAGACUCCAGUCCCCUGGGUGGGCUGCCACCGCCUCCCCAUGUGGACUCCCUGUUCACCUCACACCUAGACCGUGUCCUGAUCUGAAGCCCUCUCUCAAGCCCACCAGGCUGCUGCGGUUCCUCCCAGCCCACAGUGACCCUCAGGCCACAGGACCCCUUCUGAUGGCUUCCAGACAGGAGGAGCGACUGCCGCUUUAGUUCUUGUUUAAAGAAGGAGCUGUACUGCAGCGUUCCGCAUGGAGAAGGAAUGCUGCUAAUUCUAAAACUUGGGCUUCCCUGGUGGCACAGUGGUUGAGAGUCCGCCUGCUGAUGCAGGGGACAUGAGUUCGUGCCCCGGUCUGGGAAGAUCCCACAUGCCGCGGAGCGGCUGGGCCCGUGAGCCGUGGCCACUGAGCCUGCGCAUCUGGAGCCUGUGCUCCGCAACGGGAGAGGCCACAACAGUGAGAGGCCCGUGUACUGCAAAAAAUAAAAUAACUCUAAAACUUUUCCUUCUUCAUCUUGCCACUCUGAACAAUGCAGUUUUUUUUAACAUUAUUAAGUAUUAAUGUAAGAUUUUACAUUAAUGGUAAUGCUGUACCCUGGUUUUUACUUUUAAGAGAUAAUCAGUAGUUCAGAUACUGUGAGAAGUGGUUAGUACUAGAGUCUCUUGCCAGUUAAUCCACCUGAGUUGCUAUGCUUCCUAUAAACAUUUGAAAUAAGGCAUUUAUUCACCUGAUGUUGAGAGCCCACUCCACUUAGGGAUAAAAAGUUAGUUGAGUAUUGCCUUUUUCUAGGGACUUAUAUUCCAGCUGUGGGGAUGGGCAUAUAUCCAGCUAACUGUCAUGGAUUGUGGGUAUGUGCUUACAUAUAAUACAUGUCAAACAAAGUAUUACCAGAGUUCAGAAAAGUGAGCUGUUGGUGGGAUUGGUGUUGGUUCCUGGGAAACCUCUCAGAAGAGGUCACUUUCAUGCUGGUAUUUAGGGUCAGGCAAUGGUGAGCAUCAGGUCCUCAACUGAGAGGGCGUCACGGAGUCAGGAAGGGCAUGGAACUGUUGGUAGGAGCAGAUGUGGCACAGAGAUAGAUGGUGGUGGGAGACACCCGAGCAGACAGUGUGUGGAGGGUCUUUGCUUAAAGAAUUUGGGCUUUAUUUAGUAGGCAGAGGGGAUUGGUUAAAAGUUUUUUGAGCCAGAAAGGUGAUUUAUGUUUCAGAAAUAACACUCAGGCAGGAAUUUCAAGGAGGAAUCAGAUUGCAGUCAGGUAAAGUGAGUCUCCCUAAUUCCAGACAGACUAAGGCCCUUUCAGUUGAGAUGUUGGAGGGGCAGCCAGUUGAAGAGCCGCUUGGGGAGGUUUCAGCUGUGGGGCCACCCUUCCCUCACACACCCCCAGGCAGUUGCUCUGGUUUCCCAAGGUCUUCCUGUGGCUGGCAUCUCUUCAGUGUUCCAGUGUCACUGCACGUGGGUCCUCCUCAGAGAGGGCUGCUCCGUCUUAAUACGCACGCUGUCCGGCACCACUAUGUUAGCUGUGUCUUGCUCUAUAACAAUCACCUCAAAAUGUAGUGGCCUUCCAAAGAAGAAGAAAUUGAGGAUAAAAAGACCAAGUGAAGGCAGAACACAGAGGGUUUUUUGGGCGGUGAAACUAUUUCUGUAUGACAGUGUACUGGUGGAUACAUGUCAUUACACACUUGUCAAAACUCAUAGAAUGUACAACACCACGAGUGAACCUGAAGGUAAACUGUGGACUUCAGGUGAUAAUGAUGUGUCAGUGUAGGUUCCUCGACUGUAACAGAUGUCCCGCUCUGGUGCAGGAUGUUGAUAGUAGGGGAGGCUCUGCCUGGCGGGGGAGGCAGGUGUACAUGGGGAACUCUUUGUACUUUCUGCUGAAUUCUGCUGUGAACCCAAAAUGGCCCUAGAAAAAGAAAAUCUGUUAUUAAAAAAAGAAAUGUAGUGGGCUUAAACAACAAGAAUCAUGUUUGAGUUCAUAGUUUCUGCAGGUGAGGAGUUCAGUCAGGGUGCAGUGGUGGGCAGUGACUGGUCUCUGCUCCAGCCUCUGGGCCUCAGCUAGAAGAUAUGUGGGUGGAGCCUCAAGUCAUCUCCCACAGGGCCUGGCAGUUGAUGCCAAGGAACGGCCACGUGUAGCCCACGUGGCCUGGUGUCCUCACAACGUGGGCAGAGGGUUCCAAGUACCCCAGUGGAGAGAGCCAGGUAGAAGCCACAUUGCAUUUUAUGAUUUUGCCUCGGGAGUCUCACAGCAUCACUUCCACUAUAUUCUGUUGGUUUAGGCAGUUACAAAGGUUUGGUCAGAUUCAAGAGAAGGGAAGUUAGAUCCUGCCCUCUUUUUUUUUUUUUUUUUUUUUGCGGUAUGCAGGCCUCUCACUGUUGUGGCCUCUCCCGUUGCGGAGCACAGGCUUCGGAUACGCAGGCUCAGCGGCCAUGGCUCCCAGGCCCAGCCGCUCAGCGGCAUGUGGGAUCUUCCCGGACUGGGGCACGAACCCAUGUCCCCUGCAUCGGCAGGCGGACUCUCAACCACUGUGCCACCAGGGAAGCCCGAUCCUGCCCUCUUGAUAAAAAUUCAGCCAAAGAUCUUGAAACAGGAGCGUGGGUAAGGGUUGUAUUGAUGAUCCUCUUUAGAAAAAUCCAGUCUGCCACAGCUGUGUUUAAAGUUGCUCACACCACUUAUCCUGUCUUUGUGUUUAAGAAUCUCAUAAAGCCUCCCAAAGUGCGGCUUCUGUUACUUUGUCCACGCUCCCAGAGGUGUGUGGAGACGUCAGCCUCGGUACUUGGCCUCACUGAGCUGGGAAUUUCCUAUAUGCUGUUUUUCUUUUAAUCUGGGAUUUGUUUUGUGGUUCCACUGACCCACAAAAAGCUGUGGAUGAAGUCUGGACCCAUCCACGCUGUGUGGGGCUGAGUGUAGUAGAGGGCAGUGAAAGAUCUGGGAAUCCUGGUCAGGGACUUGCGGUGCAUUUACUCUGCUGCUGAGAUGCAGUAUUUCUUCUCUGAGCACAUGACUCAGAAUAUGGCUUCAAGUGUCCAUUUACAUGCAGAAGGCAGACCAAGUGCUGAGCUUUGAUUGAACUUGAAUCAGAGGAUGAGGUGUUAGCCCUGAAAAAAGAGAAACUGUGGGCUGUAUUGAAAGUUGAAGCCACACGGAAUUGACGUGAAUUGGUUGUAGUCCAGCGUGGCAAAUGGUGACUUCUGGAUGGCUUAGAGGACCCACCUUUGCAUGUAAGGAGAAAUCGCUCCUCUCUUGCUUCCUGAGCUGGAAUCACGCCUGCAGGGAUUGUACUGCUAGUGAACUGAGUAUUCCUGCAGUUUGUUUCAUGGGACUUGGUAGAAUAGGCUCUAAGGAAACAAAUAGGGUGCAGGUAUGUCGAAAGCCUCAAGAUCAGUCAGGCUGAGGUUAGAGCUUACCACGGUCCCCCUGUAAAACUUAUGGCCCUCCAUCAGCCCGAUCCUCUGACAGGCCCGGGACUGUCGAGGGUGCGACGGCAUCAGCAGGCUGGCCGGCUCGAGAGGUGAGGCUGGUGCUGGGGGGCACGGGGUGGUGAUGAAGGCCAAGAGGGGACUGUCAGCUGCAAGAGGGUCCAGACAGCCUCACCAUGCAGCUCUGUUAGGGUGCGCUUAGAGCGUAGCCUGUGGAAGAGCAACUGGGGAAGCAAAUGUGGCAUUGGCUCCUUUUGAAGAUGCAGUGACAGUAUGUCAAAAGACAGAAAUUGGGCAACACAGAUACGUCACUUCUCUUGAAAGCUGCGGUCGAAGCAAGCAGCAGGGCCUGUGGGGUCAGAGGUGCCACAUGGGGAUGCCAGUGUCCAAGGCUAGAGGGAGACACUGGUGAAGUGGAUGGGAGCAUUCAGAAUCUUUCUGAAUUGUCGAGAACUUCAACUAUGGGAUAUCUGAGCAGAGGUUGAUGUCCAUUUACGUGUCAUGAGUAUCUCUGAGGUGUGUCCCUUCCUCCUUAUCCUAUUUUUAUGGCCUGAGCUCAGACCCUUUUCACUUCUUAGGUGAAUUAAAGCAAUAAGCCUCCAAAGUGAUCUCUGUCUUCCAGGCUGCCUUCUGCUAGACUCUGGCCUGUCUUUGUUAACAUCUCUCUCUCUUUCUCGGGUUAGUUCCCCAGGAGCUAGGAAUUAAAAUAUACUGCAAUUGUACGAGAUUAAAUAUGUUAUAGUUACUUUCCUUAUACAUUGGAGCUGGAGUAGCACCAAAGCAUUGACUGGUGAAAGGCCAGCAAGUACUUUUGUGAGUCAGGAGAAAUUAGAAGCUGGGUGUUUGUUUUUUUAAAAAAGAUUCAUCUUCAAUAUGUGAAAUAUCUUUUAAAGGUUUGGGAGUGGGUUUGGCUACGUGGAGGGGGAAGGAGGUAGGAAGGAGGUAGGAAGAGCAAGUGGAGGACCAGCAGGAGGUCAGGUCUGCGGGGAGAGGAACUGAUCCCAUGGUGAUCACCCCCAAGCGUCAGCAGCAGAGGUCUGGUCUCCUAGUCUCUAGUGGGUAGCCUUAUUUUCUGAGCAGAACAGUUUUUGUCAAGUGGCCUAAGCAAGGUUGCUGUGGGAUAAGCAGAUAAUGAGAGGUGAGGAUACUGUCCUCUGAAGAUGUGUUCUGUUCAAGGCUCCUCCAGCCUGUUCCUGUCUGAUGCGCGGCAGCUGCCUUUCAGAUUGCGGUGAGGAUUAGGUAAGAGUGAGUGUGUAGAAUUCCAAGAAGCAUCUGCCACAUAGGAAUGGUAGCAGUUACUUGUCAUCAUUACUGCUGUUGUCUUUUUUGUGUUUAUGAUGUUUUGAUGUUAAAUUGGUUAGAAUCUCUAAGAACGUGUCCUGUUAUUUUCUCUCUUAGAUCUGUGACUUUGGCUUGGCCCGUGUUGCAGAUCCGGACCAUGA